AUGGCGCAUGUCGAUUUGGACAACCUGACGGCAAUUAAGCUGCUCUUUUUGCCCCCGAACACGACAGCGCUCGCCCAGCCCCUCGAUCAGGGCAUCAUCCGCUCAGUGAAGCAGACGUACCGCAAAAAUCUGCUACGGAGGAUGUUGCUCGUUAUGGAUAGCGGCAAAACGUACACCAUAGACCUACUGGGCGCUGUACACCUACUCGCGCACUCAUGGAGGGAGGUCCAGCCGGCAACAAUACAGAAUUGUUUCGCGCGAGCGCAAUUCAAAAUACUUGAAGGCGACGACGACGCGGACGGUGAAGACGCCGAGGACUGCGAGAACCUUUUGGUUGAAGUGCUCGAGCGGCAAGGUGCAGCAGAUGAGGAGGUGAACUUCGGCACCUUCCGAGAUGUCGACGGCGACGUGACCACCUCCCCGGACUUUUCAGACAGCGACAUUGUUGCUGCCGUCGCACCUCGUCCAGCUUCAAGCGAAAGUGAGGAGGACAGCGAUGUCGAAGUGGACGACGGCCCUUCACUAUCCGACGCGGCGCGUGCUGUGGCAGUGAUGCGAGCGUUCGCAGAGAAGCGAGGCCUAAUGGACAAACUGGCUGCUGGACUUGCUGACUUCGAAGAUGCCGUCGUCGCGGCGAGGCCACCACGGCGGCAAGUGAAAAUAACUGACUUUUUGCUGCCUGCCAGUGAAUAA